CUCAAACCGGCAGCCUCGUGACAUACUCCGUGACGCCCUCCACCGCACUAUAAAUUGCAUCGCAGGUUGCACUGGAAGCUCCCAACCUAGUACUACUUGAUUACUCAUCCAUCAAUCAUCAAUCAUCAGAUGGCUGCUGCUCCGGUGACUGUGCCGCGCAUGAAACUGGGCUCGCAGGGGCUGGAGAUCUCGGCGCAGGGCCUGGGCUGCAUGGGCAUGUCCGCGGCCUACGGCGAGCGCAAGCCCGAGCAGGACAUGGUCGCGCUCCUCCGCCACGCCGUCGCCGCCGGCGUCACCUUCCUCGACACCUCCGACAUCUACGGUCCCCACACGAACGAGCUCUUGCUCGGCAAGGCGCUGCAGGGAGGGGUGAGGGAGAAGGUCCAGUUGGCCACGAAAUUCGGCAUCACGGUCACCCGGGAGAUCUCCGGCAACCCGGCGUACGUGCGGGCGGCGUGCGAGGCCAGCCUCGCUCGGCUCGGCGUCGACUGCAUCGACCUCUACUACCAGCACCGCAUCGACAAGAAUGUCCCCGUCGAGAUCACGAUGGGUGAAAUCAAGAAACUGGUCCAAGAAGGAAAGGUGAAAUACGUUGGGUUGUCGGAGGCCUCGGCGUCCACAAUAAGAAGGGCACACGCGGUUCAUCCGAUCACCGCCGUUCAGCUGGAAUGGUCUCUGUGGUCAAGGGAUGUUGAAGAAGAUAUAAUCCCAACUUGCAGAGAACUUGGCAUUGGAAUUGUGGCGUACAGUCCACUAGGCAGAGGUUUUCUAUCCACUGGACCUAAACUGAUGGACACAGUACGAGACGACGAUUUCCGCAAGAAUCUCCCAAGAUUUCAACCCGAGAACUUGAAGAAGAACGCCGCUAUAUUCGAGCGUGUGAGCGAGAUGGCGGCGAGGAAGGGCUGCACGUCGUCGCAGCUCGCGCUAGCCUGGGUUCACCACCGGGGAACCGAUGUGUGCCCCAUACCUGGCACGACCAAAGUUGAGAAUUUGAACCAGAACGUGAGAGCGAUGUCUGUGCAGCUCAUGGUUGAGGAGAUGGCUGAGCUCGAGUCCUACGCCGCCAUGGAUGCGGUCCAAGGCGAUCGGUACCACAGCACGUUCCUCAACACCUGGAAGGACUCCGAGACCCCUCCCCUCUCAUCCUGGAAAGCCACUUAACUGGAUAUCACGGGAAUCGAUCACUAUGCUGAUGCUUCGUAUCACUGGUUUAAAGUAUUUGCAAGUCAAAUAAUUUCAUGAGCACUCUGUGCAUGGAUGGAAUCAUGGAACCACCAAUUGUUUGCUCAUGUAGCACAAUUUCUCCCCAUGAUUAGUUGAUUACGCUCACGUGACUAAAAUAUACCUUUGUAUUUGGACACCCCUGAGUGUUGAACUUUUUAUUAUGCCGACAAGGCUAUAAAAGCCCUUUUGUAAACACAUUUCCAUCCUAAAAACCAUUUAGAAUGUCCAA